GAACUGUUUCUGCCGUAUAACGCACAUCGUACGCACGAUUCAAAAAAUGAAGUACACGCUAGUGGUUUUGCUUUUGGCGCUGAUGGCACUCACAUCAGCAUUCGCUCGUGAUGCAGAAGGGCAAUGUCGUCCCGGAGAGUAUUACGACAGCUGUGGGCUACCGUGUGAGGAAACGUGCCUAGACCCCAUUCCGGAGAACUGUAGCUACGAGUGCGCCCAAGGAUGCUACUGUGAGGAAGGCACAAUCCGUGAGCAUAUAGGUGGCGACUGUAUUCCUUCCACAUCUUGCUAAAUAAAGAGACAGUAACAAAUAAUGCCCGAUACCCGAAA